AUGUUCCCCUACCCCAGGUACCCCCUACCCCAGGUGCGCCCUACCCCAGGUACCCCCUACCCCAGCGGUGCAGGGCAGCACGUGGGGAACCCAGAGGGCUACACAGCAACGGACAUAGUGGCGCGCGGCGCAGGGCUGCACGUGGGGCAUCCCGAGGGGUACACAGCAACGGACAUAGUGGCGCGGUACAAGCGCAUGCGGGGCUUUAACGUGCUGCACCCCAUGGGGUGGGACGCCUUUGGUCUGCCCGCGGAGCAGUAUGCGAUCGAGACCGGCACACAUCCACGGGUGACAACGGAGCGCAACAUUGGACGGUUCAGAUCGCAGCUGAAGGCGCUGGGGUUCUCAUAUGACUGGCAGAGGGAGGUGUCGACCACCGACCCCGACUACUACCGCUGGACGCAGUGGAUCUUCCUGCAGAUCCUCAACCGGGGACUCGCCUACCAGGCGGACGUGGCAGUGAACUGGUGUCCGGCGCUAGGAACGGUGCUGGCGAAUGAGGAGGUGGUGGACGGUCUCAGUGAGAGGGGCGGCCACCCCGUCAUCCGCAAGCCCAUGCGCCAGUGGAUGCUGCGAAUCACGGAGUACGCCGAUCGCCUGCUGGACGAUUUGGACGGCCUGGAUUGGCCCGAGAGCGUCAAGGAGAUGCAGCGCAACUGGAUCGGACGGUCCGAGGGCGCUGAGGUGGAGUUCGCCAUCGCUGACGUGGCAGACGGAUCUGCCAGCGUGCGCGUGUUCACCACACGUCCCGACACCAUCUGCGGCGCCACCUACCUAGUGUUGGCACCAGAGCACCCGCUAGUCACCUCCAUCACGUCGGAGCAGCAGAGGGCGGCAGUGGAGGCGUAUGUGGUGGCGGCGGGGCAGAAGAGCGACCUGGAGCGCACGGACCUGGCCAAGGGCAAGACGGGCGUGCCCACGGGGGCAGAGGCCGUCAAUCCCGUCACGGGAGAGCGCAUCCCCGUGUGGGUCGCUGACUACGUGCUCGCCAGGCGCACGGGCCUGGCCAAGAGCAAGACAGGGCAUGCCAUGGGGGCAGAGGCGGUCAACCCUGUCACGGGCGAGCGCAUCCCCGUGUGGGUUGCCGACUAUGUGCUCGCUAGCUACGGCACUGGCGCCAUCAUUUGCCAGCUCCCACGCAUGAUGCACGUGACCUCACAUGCUCUACUUUUGAGGCGCCUCGAAAGACACAUGAUGCACGUGACUUCACAUGCUCUAACGCACCCCUCCUCCCCUCUCUCCCGCUGCCUGUCGUACCAUGACCUCGCCUCUCCUUGCUACACGGCAGCUACGGCACGGGGGCCAUCAUGGCAGUGCCGGGACACGACUCGCGAGACCUCAAAUCACUUUCCCUUCGCCCUGCCCCCUUCGCCCUCCUUGCCGGCAGCUACGGCACGGGGGUCAUCAUGGCAGUGCGGGGACACGACUCCUGAGGCGCGCCUCAAAGCACCUUCAUUUACCCUUCUCUUCGCCCUGCCACAUCCCUCCCAUCCCAUCUGCUGCAGCUACGGCACGGGGGCCAUCAUGGCCGUGCCGGCGCACGACUCGCGAGACCUCGAAUUCGCCCAAACCUUCUCUCUGCCCGUGCGCCAAGUCGUGCGCCAAGCAGCGCAGCGCAGCGGUGGUGGUAAGGGGAAGAAAGCGUCAGGAGAAGCGGCAAGGGAAGAAGAAGAGGCAGCGAUAGAGGAGGCGUAUGCGGGGAGUGGAGUGAUGGUGAAUUCGGGGUAUGAGAGGACGGGGGUGGACCUGAACGGGCUCGACAACACCGCUGCUGGGGAUGCUGUUGUUGCCUGGCUGGAGGAGCGGGGACUGGGGAAGAAGCAGGUAAGGCACAGGGGGUUGCGGCUGGUGAGGCAGGGCACGGGGGUGGACCUGAACGGGCUCGACAACACCGCUGCUAGGGACGCUGUUGUUGCCUGGCUGGAAGAGCGGGGGCUUGGGAAGAAGCAGAUCAACUACAAGCUGAGGGACUGGUUAUUCGCCCGGCAGCGCUACUGGGGCGAGCCGUUCCCAGUGGUGCUGGUGCCGGGGGAAGACGGGCGGGAGCGCGUGGUGGGCGUGCCGGAGUCACAGCUGCCGGUGGUGCUGCCUGAAAUGGACGACUUCAACCCCACUGGCACGGGGGAACCACCGCUUGCCAAGGCCACUGACUGGGUGAAUACAACAGAUCCAGCAUCAGGACUACCCGCCAGGCGGGAGACCAACACCAUGCCUCAAUGGGCCGUGGAUCUGUACGUGGGGGGAGCAGAGCACUCAGUGCUGCACCUGCUGUAUGCACGCUUCUGGCACAAGGUGCUGUACGACAUAGGAGCAGUUUCAACGAAAGAGCCCUUCCAGUGUCUGGUCAACCAGGGAAUGAUUCUCGGGGAAUUCGAGUUCACAGCCUACCGAGACACCGCCUCAGGAGCCCUCCUCUCCGCCGACGCCGCCGCCAAGCGCCCCGCGGGGGAGUGUGUGCCUGAGAGGGUGCCUGAGACGGCGGUGCUAUACGACAUAGGAGCAGUUUCAACGAAAGAGCCCUUCCAGUGUCUGGUCAACCAGGGAAUGAUUCUCGGGGAAGUCGAGUUCACAGCCUACCGAGACACCGCCUCAGGAGCCCUCCUCUCCGCCGACGCCGCCGCCAAGCGCCCCGCGGGGGAGGGUGUGCCUGAGAGGGUGCUUGAGAGGGGGCCUGAGACGGCGGUGCUAUACGACAUAGGAGCAGUUUCAACGAAAGAGCCCUUCCAGUGUCUGGUCAACCAGGGAAUGAUUCUCGGGGAAGUCGAGUUCACAGCCUACCGAGACACCGCCUCAGGAGCCCUCCUCUCCGCCGACGCUGCCGCCAAGCGCCCCGCGGGGGAGUGUGUGCCUGAGAGGGUGCCUGAAGAGGCGGUGGAGAAGAAGGGGGAGGGGUACGUGCUCAGGGCGGACCCGAGCGUGGGGGUGUCUGCGCGCGCACACAAGAUGAGCAAGUCAAGGGGGAACGUUGUCAAUCCCGACCACGUCGUGUUUGAGUUUGGGGCCGACUCACUGCGGCUGUACGAGAUGUUCAUGGGGCCGCUCAGACACUCCGCAUGGGACAUCACCCCACUUCCUCUUCCCUCCUCUUCCCUCCUCUUCCCUCCUCUUCCGUCUUCUUCCCUCCUCUUCCCUCCUCUUCCCUCCUCCUCCUACCCUGACGACUCCCCUGCUGUCCUCAUCCCCCCUCCUCUUUGCAGGGAGACCAAGGUGUGGAGCACCAAGGGAGUGGAGGGAGUGCAUCGGUUCCUGGCGCGCGUGUGGCGGCUGCUCGUGGGGCAGGCAGACCCCGCCACCGGGCAGUACCGCUCCCACGGGGUGGCGCCCUCUGUCGUGGACGACGCCCCUUCAGAGGAGCAGCUGAGAGCGCUGCACGCGUGCAUUCAUAAGGCAGACCCCGCCACGAGGCAGUACCGCGCUGCAGGGGUGGCGCCCUCUGUCGUGGACGACGCCCCUUCGGAGGAGCAGCUGAGAGCGCUGCACGCGUGCAUUCUUAAGGCAGACCCCGCCACCGGGCAGUACCGCAUUGCAGGGGUGGCGCCGUCUGUCGUGGAUGAUGAUCUCUCGGAGGAACAGCUGAGAGCCCUGCACGCCUGCAUCCACAAGGGUGUGGCAGGGAGGGGCCGAGCAGGGGGGGGGCGAGCAGUGAGGGGGCGAGCAGUGAGGGGGCGAGCAGUCUUGCUGGUGGGGGAGGGAGGGGAGGCUUGCAGUGCGGCGCCUCACUCUCGCCCUGCUUGCACGCACCAGGUGACGGAGGAGGUAGAGGCGAUGCGGUUCAACACAGCCAUAGCGGCCAUGAUGGAGUUCACCAACGCCGCCUACAAGUGGCCCAGCGUGCCGAAAGACGCCGCCCGCCCGCUCGUGCUGCUGCUGUCGCCCUUCGCCCCGCACGUUGCCGAGGAGCUCUGGCAGCGCCUGGGGGGCACCUCGUCGCUCGCCUACGAGCCGUGGCCGCAGGCCCUGCCCCAGUACCUGGUGGAGGACACGAUAGCCCUGCCAGUGCAGGUGAACGGCAAGGUGCGCGCCACACUGCAGGUGGCGGUGGGCGUGGAGCAGGAAGCAGCCGUGGCGGCAGCGCUGGACCACCCCAACGUGGCCCGCCUGGUGGAGGGGAAGAGUGUACGCAAGACCAUCUUUGUCAAGGGGAGGAUUCUCAACCUGGUGGUGGGAUGA